GUUGUUGUCUGCUCAAACCAUGGUGUUUUGUGUCCUGCUGCAAACAGAGCAAACUUCUGCGCUGCUCGGACCUUCUCCAUCGUUUGGAGCACGUUGCACAGAGAUGCCUCAGAGGAGUUCCAGGAGAUGCUUCAGUGGCAAUCUGUCUUUUACAAUGCAAGUUACGAAUGAAAUUUAGUAACUAACAGCUCGCUGCUCACCUGAUCUCCAAUAGACUUCCUGUAACACUCAGAAGGGGGGGCGAGCGGAGAAGGGCCCGAGGGCACCAUGAAGCUAAAGCAGCGAGUUGUGCUGUUGGCCAUCCUCCUCGUCAUCUUCAUUUUCACAAAAGUUUUCCUCAUUGACAACCUGGACACCUCAGCUGCCAACCGGGAGGACCAGCGCGCCUUCCACCGCAUGAUGGCCAGCCUGCGUGUGGAGCUGGACCCCCGGCUCGAGCACACCUUGCAGUCCCCGUGGGAGAUCGCGGCCCAGUGGGUCGUGCCCCGCGAGGUGUACCCCGAGGAGACGCCCGAGCUGGGGGCUGUAAUGCAUGCCAUGUCCACAAAGAAAAUCGUCAAAGCUGACGUGGGAUACAAAGGGACCCAGCUGAAAGCUUUGCUGAUACUUGAAGGAGGGCAGAAGGUUGUUUUCAAACCUAAGAGGUAUGCCAGGGAUUAUGUAGUGGAAGGAGAACCGUAUGCUGGCUAUGACAGACACAAUGCAGAAGUGGCAGCCUUUCACUUGGAUAGGAUUCUGGGGUUCCGACGAGCUCCACUGGUGGUUGGCAGGUUUGUGAAUCUACGAACGGAGAUCAAACCAGUUGCCACAGAGCAGCUUCUGGGUACCUUCAUGACUGUGGGUAAUAACACUUGCUUCUAUGGAAAGUGCUACUAUUGUCGGGAAACAGAGCCGGCUUGUGCAGAUGGGGACAUCAUGGAGGGGUCAGUGACUCUCUGGCUACCAGAUGUCUGGCCUCUUCAGAAGCAUCGGCACCCAUGGGGUAGGACUUACCGUGAGGGCAAACUUGCCAGAUGGGAGUACGAUGAAAGCUACUGUGAUGCUGUGAAGAAAACUUCACCCUACGACUCAGGCCCCCGCCUGCUGGAUAUCAUUGACACAGCAAUAUUUGACUAUUUAAUCGGGAACGCUGACCGGCAUCACUACGAGAGCUUUCAGGAUGAUGAAGGAGCCAGCAUGCUCAUCCUUCUGGAUAAUGCCAAAAGCUUUGGCAACCCUGCCCUGGAUGAAAGAAGCAUCCUAGCUCCCCUUUAUCAGUGCUGCAUCAUCAGGGUUUCUACCUGGAAUAGACUCAAUUACCUGAAGAAUGGAGUACUGAAGUCUGCCUUAAAAACUGCUAUGUCGCAUGACCCCAUCUCACCAGUGCUUUCUGACCCUCAUCUGGAUGCCCUGGACCAGCGGCUUCUCAGCAUUCUGGCUACAGUGAAACAGUGCACAGACCAGUUUGGGCCAGAUGUUGUGCUGGUGGAAGACAGGAUGACACUGUCUCAUUUGUAAUUGCAGUGGAACACAGAGGAAACUCCCUUUAUAAGAAACAAACAAACAACAAAAAAAAAAAAAAGAGAAAAA